AUGAAGAUUCAUACCGGUAAGAGGCCGUUCUCUUGCCAGAAUUGCGCGGCAAAUUUUACCACAUCAGGGAGUCUGCGCAGACAUACAGUGAUUCAUACCGGGAAUCUGCAUAGACAUAUGAGGAUUCAUGAUAAUGAUAGGCCAGAUUCAACUGCAUUGAGUGCGACAAAGCUUUCUUGUCGAAAUCCUAUUUGGAAAAACAUAUGA